AUAAAUUGUGGAUGAGCAGGAGAGAUAAAUGAAGUUGUGAGUUUCUAUAAUUGAAAAAGUUUCAAAGGAGAAACAUUUUGAGUUGAGCAGAAAUUUAGUUGAUUGUCAUCAUUGAUUAUCGUCAAAUGAAAAUAUCAACAAAAUUUUCUUCUCAUUAAUUAGUAAGAUUUUAUUUCGUCUGAAUCUAAUUUUCUACAUUAAAAUUGAAAGUUGAUCAUCAUCAUCAUCAUGGAUUAUCAAUCAGAUGACAAGUUACUCUUUACCUGAGUCUACAACAUAUAUCACCAAUAUCAUUGGAAAUCCAAGUUUCAUUGAACAUCAUUACACCAAAUCAAAAAGUUCAAUGUAAAUUAUAUUUCAAAAUUGUAAUUCUGUACCUGAAUUCAUCUCUAUUAGGAUUCUGUUAACAUACUCCCUGGUUAUCAACCAACUCAGGAUAAUCUUCAAUAGGUAUUCUAUUAAAUUGGUUAAUAUUUAAUUUGUUCAACUUGAUCGUUUCCAGUUCCCAGACAAGGACAAGUUUCCCAAUGGAUUUACAGGUAAAUCCAUCGUUGAUCUAUCCAAAGAUAUUUGAUAACAAGACAAGUGCGUUGAAAAGUGCCGACGUUCGUGAGGAUAGUUUAUUGGCUCGAUUUGUCGAUCAAAAUGAAACAACUCGAUUGAUGUUGAUUAAUUACCUUUCAUCGAACCAAAAAUUGGACCCAUUACUCGAGAAAACGUUAACCUUCAUAUGGAUAUUUUUCAUCACCACAGGCCUCAUUUCGAAUUCAAUAUUAAUCAUUGUGAUAAUGUUUUCACGAAAUUUACAGUCACCCAACACUUUACUUUUAUGUAAUCUAUUCAUUGCCGAUGUAACUUACAGUCUAUUGUCAAUGCCCUUUACAUUGGCCACCAUAUUGCACCGUUCGUGGCCCUUGGGGACAGUUUUGUGUAAAGCAGUUCCAUUCAUUCAGACCAAUACCGCCUUCGUAACAGCAGGGACUGUCACCGCUAUUGCGAUCGACCGACAGUAUCGAAUAAUGUGUAACUCUUAUCGUGUCCAUCGAAUCAGCUUUUUCCACCCUUCAUAUGGACUUCGAAUGUCAAUAUCGAUUUGGUUAUUUUCGAUGGCACUUUCCUCACCUUUGCUCUAUUUCCAACGACUUGAAACAGUUCUCCAGGUAGCUGAUUUCUCUUUGGAUAUUUGCCAUGAGAUCUCAUUCCAUCCUAAACUCAGAUUAAUCUAUCACUCUAUUGUCUAUGGAUUUUUCAUCUUUGUCCCAACACUGACUCUCGGUAUUUCAUAUAUUCGGAUAAGAUCAUAUCUUAAUUAUAAUGGCAUUGAAAAACGACGUCAGACUUAUUUGUUAUCAAGUUCAGGGAUGAAUGAGAAUCAAGUUUCAAUCCUAAUACGUAAAUUUGACUUUCUCCAGAAGGAGAUUACAUGUAAUACCAAAGUCACCAUAAUACUUUUCAUGGGAAUUCUCAUCUAUGUUAUCUCUUGGCUUCCCCUCUGUCUGUUCAACUUUUACAUGGAUUUUUUUCAUUCCUCACUAACAGCGAGUGAUAUUACACUUCAAACGAUAAUAUUUCAUGUAAUCGCCACCACUUCAGCCACAACAAAUGCCUUCAUCUAUGGAUAUCUAAAUACAAACAUACAGAAAGAGUUGUCGAGGUGGUUUGAUAAACUAAUGGCUCGUAAGUGUUUCUACUGAUCAACAAUUACACUUAACUGAUUAUCUAAAGUAAAUCUUUGAACAAAAGUCUUAUUUAAGUUAAUCACUUUCUGUUAAACAGCAAAAUUACCACUUAAUUAGUUUGAUAAUUGAUUCAUACUUAUCGAACCAAAUAAUUAAUUGUGAUUAAGGAUAACAAUCAUCAUCAUAUGAGUUAUUACACAACUUUAAUUACAUAAGCUGUUGCUUUCUGUUUAUUUUUGUUCACCUUAAUUGUUGGAAAAACAUUGAAAGUUAAUUACUUCUUAACCAAUUCUUAAUAAAUUGUAAAUCUAAUA